UGACAGAACAGUUAAUGUUAGAGAGAGAGAGAGAAGGAUGGCUAUUUCGUUAAUCGAAGCUAUUCGUAGUGGCAAUGUUACAUUAGCAAAAAAAUUACUUGCACAGAGGAAAUUUUCGUGUUUGAAUUCACAAACUGCACGGAACGACGGGACUGCUUUAUACUGGGCGUGUUGUCUUGGAUAUUUGGAAUUAGCACAGUCUUUAUUGGAACAAGGGGCAAAUCCUAACAUACUUACCUCGUGGAAAGGAUCCCCCUUACACGCGGCCUGUGACAAUGAUCAAGUGAAAGUGGCACAGCUGCUUUUAAGAUACGGAGCAAACAUUAAUCAACAGACGAAAAGCGGGGAUACCCCCUGUCACCUAGCAGCCUAUAGGGGGUUUUCCCUCCUGGUUCAACUCCUCGUGGAAAGUGGUGCAUCCCUCCGUAUUGUCAACAAUAAAUCCAGAACCCCGCUAAAUGAAGCUCAAAAUAAGGGGCACCAAGAUAUUGUCCGCUACAUCUCGGCCGUUAAUAAUAUACGCUCUGAAUCUCAGUACUCAUACUCAAAGACAGAUUGGGAGUCACAAAUAACGGUGCAGCAUCUAUACGCCUCCGACAACGGGAACGGAUUUUACUGGGCACCAAAUCCGGAUUUUUCAGUUCCACCAGAAAAUAAUUUAUCGCUUUUAUCCCAUAAUGGGCCUUCCUCACAAAUGACUUUCCGGAAUCUUUAAAUCUUUUCCUGGAGUCAGUAACAUUAACAAUUUAUUAUUUUGUGGAAACAUUCGAGCGAAAACGCUCCAGGAUUCUAUAACAGGUAGUUUGUUGAUAUUUUCCGGAUCGGUAUUGGAUGAAGUUACUCAAUUGUGUACAACAAGGAUGUUAAAAGAGCUGCGAUUGGUUGGAUUUUUCCAAUUCAUUUCCUGGUUUAAGAGUGAUCUUUCGCGGCACUACAUAAUGAGACUCAUUGAUUAUUUGAUCAAUGGCACAAGUCAUUCCCCUUUUGAUUUCGCGGUGCAGGAGAAAAUACUCUUUGGGGAGACUGCUCUGUGAUUUGUUUUCGACAUUUGUCGAAUUUUUCCCUCUCUUUGGAUGUUGUUAUUUUCUUGUUGUUUUUAAUGGUGCUAACAUUUUAUAUGAAGAGUCCCAGACAGCCUUGUAUUUUAAUGCUACAUGAGGCCCUUGUCUUUCAAUGUGUAUAUUCUAAGUCAGUUGAAUUCCGAUGUUGAUAUAUAUUUAUUGUAUUUAUUGGAUACACAAUGUGUGUUCGUAUUGUUGUUAUUAAUUGAACAUAUUGUUACACGUAUAAAUAAAAAUUUAAAAUUUA